CUGAAAAGCUCCCCUCAACUGAUCUGCUCCUUUGAUUGUCGAGUCUUCGACUAUCCCUUGGAAAUCACACAUAGAAGCUGCUCAAUAUGGGUUCACUAAACCCCACUCGCCCAGUGCGUAUAAUGAACAUCAGCGGUUCGCCCUGCGACAAGCGCGAUGCAAUUGCCAAAGCCGCUGCUAUGGACGAGCAUGUCGACGUUCUAGUCGGUGAUUGGAUGAGCGAGCUCAACAUGCCAACCAAAGCUUGGAACCUCUCCCAAGGUGUCGGCAUCGGCUACGAAGAAACGUUCGUCGAAGCUUUAGAACCGGCGUUGGAAGAUAUGGCAAAGAAAGGAAUCAAGCUUGCGGCGAACGCGGGUACUGUGGCUACGAAAGAUUUAUAUGAGGUUGUUGUAAAGAUGAUCAAAGAUGAAGGGCUCGACUUGACCGUUGCGUGGAUUGAGGGCGAUGUGGUGAUGGAUCUUGUAAGAGGGGGUUUGGAGAAAGAGCCAGAGAAGUUCGUGCACAUUAGUACGGGGAAGUCCUUGGAGGAAUGGGGCUUCGAGCCUGUGUUUGCACAGUGCUACUUGGGUGGUAUGGGAAUAGCGACCGCGUUCAAGGCAGGAGCGGAUGUUGUGAUUUGUGGUCGAGUGGCUGAUGCUUCUCCAAUUAUUGGAGCUGCUGCUUGGUGGCAUGGUUGGUCGAGAACAGACUAUAACCAGCUUGCCCAGUCUCUCAUCGCUGGACACCUGAUUGAAUGCUCAGUGUACGUCACUGGCGGGAACUUUACUGGCUUCAAGACUUUGGACUGGGAACAGAUCAAUAGCAUUGGAUAUCCAAUUGCCGAGAUAGCAUACGAUGGAGAUGUGGUUAUCACCAAAGUCGAGAACACUGGCGGGCUGGUCUCUAAAGAAACCUGCAAAGAACAACUGCUUUACGAAAUCCAAGGGAUGUACUAUCUCAAUUGCGAUGUGACAGCCGUCAUCGACAAGGCGUCCUUGACGGAUAUUGCACCAAAUCGAGUUCGACUUUCAGGUAUUAUCGGAAGACCCCCACCUGCAACGACCAAGAUGGGCUUGACAGCAUUUGGUGGUUAUCAAGCUGAGCUUCAUUGGGCUAUGAUUGGACUUGACAUCGAAGAAAGAGUCAAGCUGCUCGAGACCAAAGUAAAACACAGCUUUGGCAAAGCACGACUUGCGAAGUUUAGUCUUUUGGACAUAUCGGUGUAUGGAUCUGUGCCAGAAAAUCCACGAACUCAGAAUUCCGCCAUCGUUGAUGUGCGAUUGUUCGCGCAAGCUCGGAACGCACAAGACUUGUCUGAAACUAAUUUUAUCAGGCCAGCAUUGGAUAUCAACAUGCACACUUAUCCAGCGGCGACUUUCCAUACCGACUUAAGAACGGCCGUGCCAAAGCCAUACACCGAAUACUUCCCAACUCUGAUACCACAGCCGACUCAAACAAUCCACUUCUCCAGCGGGCAGUCCUCGAUGAAGCUGGAACCGCCAACAGAUACGAUCGUUCACCCCGCAACUCAACCAUCAUAUGAACCUACUGAUCCUGUGGACUUUAGAUCUUUCGGAUCUACAAAGCGCAUGCCACUUGGACGCGUGGUGUAUUCCCGGGCUGGCGAUAAAGGCUCAAACUGCAACGUAGGAUUGUUCGCACGAAAUGCAGAAGAAUGGCCUUGGCUUUGCACCCUACUUAGUACUGAGAAGUUCAUUGAGCUUAUGGCGGAUGAGUUCAAGGGACAGAAGAUAGACUGCAUGGAGUUCUCCAAUCUUGGGCAGUUCAUUUUCUCCUCCAUGAUCAUCUUGAUCGUGGAGUGACUGCGAAUGCGACGUAUGACGUGCUUGGAAAGUUUAUUGCCGAGUUCCUGCGCUUGAAACAUGUAGAUGUACCUGUAGCUUUCCUUGAGAGAAGCGUUUUGUAGAACUUCCUGAAU